AAAAUGGCCGGAAAUGGAGAGGGGCCCGCGAUCGGGAUCGAUCUGGGAACGACUUACUCGUGCGUGGGAGUGUGGCGGCAGUGGCAUGAACGGGUUGAGAUUAUUGUCAACGACCAAGGAAAUAGAACGACGCCGUCGUACGUGGCGUUCACUGAAGAGGAGCGCCUCAUCGGCGACGGUGCCAUGAAUCAGGUUGCCAAGAAUCCCACCAACACCAUCUUCGAUGCUAAGAGGUUGAUUGGCCGGAGAUUCAGUGAUGAGUCAGUGCGGAGUGACAUGAAGCUUUGGCCUUUCAAGGUUGUACCUGGUCCACGGGAUAGGCCCAUGAUUGAAGUCACCUACAGAGAUAAGCAGAAGCAAUUUGCUGCAGAGGAGAUAUCAUCAAUGGUGCUCUUGAAGAUGCGCGAGACAGCAGAGGCUUUUCUUGGAUUGUCUGUGAAGAACGCAGUUGUCACUGUUCCUUCCUACUUCAAUGACGCACAGCGCCAGGCGACAAUGGAUGCCGGGUUUAUCGCUGGCUUGAACGUCAUGAGCAUCCUGAAUGAGCCCACUGCUGCUGCGAUUGCUUAUGAGUUGGAAACGAAAGCGGGUAGUGAUGGAAACAAAAAUGCGCUUGUCUUCGAUCUUGGUGGUGGUACGUUAGAUGUCUCACUUCUUACCAUAAAGCAAGGUGUCAUUGAAGUGAAGGCCACAACCGGUGACACUCACCUCGGUGGAGAAGACUUUGACAAUAGAAUAGUGGACUACUUUGUUGAGGAGUUCAAGAGGAAGUUGAAGAAGGACAUAACAAGAGACCCUAGAGCUAUUCGUAGGCUAAGGACAUCUUGUGAGAGAGCCAAGAGGAUCCUCUCGUUGACUAUUCAGACCACAAUUGAGAUAGACUGUUUGUAUGAUGGUAUUGAUUUCUCCACAACCCUUACUCGCGCCAAAUUUGAAGAUCUCAACAUGGAUCUCUUCACGAUGUGCAUGAAGCAGGUUAAGAAGUGUUUAAUGGAUGCAAAUGUUCACAUAAGCAACAUCCAUGAUGUUGUCCUUGUUGGUGGCUCCACAAGAAUUCCCAAAGUGCAACAGCUGUUACAAGAUUUUUUUAAGGGAAAGGAAAUGUGCAAAAGUAUCAAUCCUGAUGAGGCUGUUGCCUACGGUGCUGCAGUCCGAGCUGCAAUUUUGGGUGGGAAUGCUACUGAGAAGAUUCACGACUUGCUGUUGUUGGAGGUCACACCUCUAUCUCUUGGCACAGCAAUUCUUGGUGAUAUUAUGUCAGUUGUGAUUCCGAGAAACACUAGUAUUCCUACCAAGAAGGAGGAUAGAUUCACUACGGUUGGAGAUAACCAGACUGAGGUUCUGAUUGAUGUGUACCAGGGUGAGAGAACACGUGUUACCGAAAACAAUUUCCUUGGUGAAUUCAGUCUUAGUGAGAUUCCUCCUGCGCCGGCUGGUGUGCCUGAGAUCAAUGUUUGUUUUGAGAUGGAUGCAAAUGGUAUCUUACAUGUCUCGGCAGAGGACAAGGCAACUGGUCAAAUGAGUGGGAUGACGAUCUCCAAGUAUGAAAAUGGAAGAUUGUCCAAAGCAGAGGUAGACAGAAUGUUGAAGGAGGCUAAGAAAUACAAGGCUGAAGAUGAGAAGUUUAAGAAGAAGAUUGAAGCUAAGAAUGCUCUUGAAUUCUAUGUGUACAAGCUGAAAAACACUAUCAAGGAUCAUAAGAUCACCUCCAAGAUGUCACCGGCUGACAAGAUGAAGACAAAAUACGCAAUUGAUGAGGCCAUUCAGUGGUUGGAUUGCAAUCAAUUUGCAGAGAUAGAUGAUUUUGAGGAAAAGAAGCAUUAUUUGGAAGACGUUUGGAACCCCAUUGUAGCCAAGAUGUACCAAUGGAAUAGGUAA